AUUUGUUAAUUUUUUUAGACUGUUAGACCUUAUUAUCCCUUCAAUAAUAUAUUAGUGGAAGAUUUUACAAUAGGAUCAGAAAAUUGUAAAAAUGUUAAAGGAUAUUGUAAUGGUCCACUUAAAUCUGGCACAAAAUAUAAAGUGAAAAUUCGAGCCUUUGUUUCACCUACAAAUUUUUCUGAUACCGUCUUUUCACCACCAAUUCAGACAGACACAGAUAAUAAAUUAUUGAUUAUAAUAGUAUUGGUAACACUUACAUUAGUACUAUUCAUUAUUCUAAUAAUUGUGAUGUUAAAGAGAAGAGGAAGUAUAUUUUCAAGAAAACAACGAAAUUCUGUAAACAAAGAAGACACUUUAUCAAUCACAGAAAGUGAAUUAAUUACAAAUCGACCAAUCAAAUUGAAGGAUUUUCUUGACCACUAUAACAUUAUGUCAGCAGAUUCAGAUUUUAGGUUUUCUGAAGAAUUUGAGUUACUGAAACAUGUUGGGAGAGAGAAGCUCUGUGCAGCAGCUGAUCUACCAGUUAACCGUCCCAAAAAUAGAUUUACAAAUAUACUACCAUAUGACCAUUCUCGAGUAAAAUUGUUACCUACUGACGAUGAAGAAGGUUCUGAUUAUAUAAAUGCCAAUUACAUUCCUGGAUUUAAUUCUCUAAGGGAAUUUAUUGUUACCCAAGGACCUUUACAUAGCACCAGAGAUGAUUUCUGGAGAAUGGUUUGGGAACAGAAUUGCAGGGCUAUUAUUAUGUUAACUCGUUGUAUUGAAAAAGGAAGAGAAAAAUGUGAUCAUUAUUGGCCUUUUGAUACACAACCUGUUUAUUAUGGAGAUAUCCAAGUAACUAUUUUAAAUGAAUCUCAGUAUCCUCAUUGGACCAUAUCAGAAUUUAAAGUUUGUAGGGGAGAACAGUCAAGAAUUGUACGACAUUUCCAUUUUACAACAUGGCCUGAUUUUGGAGUUCCCGAUCCCCCACAGAUAUUAGUGAAAUUUGUAAGGGCUUUCAGAGAAAGAAUUAUUCCUGAUUCAAAACCAGUUGUUGUACAUUGCAGUGCGGGUGUAGGAAGAUCAGGAACAUUUAUAGCUCUGGAUCGACUUCUUCAGAACAUUCAAAAAUAUGAUUUUGUCGAUAUAUUUGGAAUUGUUUAUGAAAUGAGGAAAGAAAGAGUUUGGAUGGUUCAGAAUGAACAACAAUAUAUUUGUAUUUAUCAAUGUCUGUUAUGCGUAUUGGAAGGAAAGGAAGAUAUAUUAGAUUCACUAAGACCUGAAGUUCAUGAUAAUCAGGCUUUUGAAGAUGAUGAAGGAAUUGCUGAAUCUGGAAUUUAAGUGAUUUUUAUACUGGAUUACAAAGUAAAGAAAUGUUUAGCUGUAAAAGUGCAAGUUAUUUUUUAAUGUAAUGAAACCAUUGUGAUUUUAUUUUUAUACAAACAUUUUUUAUUAAAAAAUGAUAAUUUCUGUAAUUUUUACAAAAAUGGAUGCUACAGAAAUUUCAUUUAAAUUUCAG